ACAUCGGCAUCGUCGAUAAUACUGUCAUCAUGGAGAACUUGUCAGAGGACAACUAUAAUUACGUGCCGGAGGACAUAACGUCGAAGUUGAUGGUGCAAAUAAUGUUUUGUUUAUUCUACAUCAUUAUCUUCGUGCUGGGUAUAUUCGGUAAUGCGCUGGUGGUCUUUGUCGUCUCUCGGAACCGUCAGAUGCACACCGUCACCAAUCUCUUCAUCACGAAUCUCGCACUCAGCGAUGUGCUGCUAUGCAUACUGGCCGUGCCCUUCACCCCCUUGUACACCUUUCUGGGCGGUUGGGUGUUCGGUAAGACCCUCUGCCACCUGGUACCUUACGCACAAAGCGUUAGUGUAUAUGUAAGCACGCUGACGCUAACGAGUAUAGCUGCUGAUAGAUACCAUGUGAUUCUUUAUCCUUUUCAUCCGAGAAUGAAAGUGACAACAUGUUUAGCGAUCAUCCUGGCUAUAUGGAUGAUCGCGUUAUUAUUGACCUUGCCGUAUGGACUGUACGUACACCUAGUAGAGGAGACGUAUGUCUCCUUCUGCGAGGAAAAUUGGCCAAGCGAACAAUUUCGCAAGAUUUUCAGCUGUCUCACGUCAAUACUACAGUUUGCAGUACCAUUUAUGGCAAUUACCUUCUGCUACAUAUGUGUUUCGAUAAAGUUGAACGAGCAAGCCCGUGCUAAACCGGGUACUAAGUCUGGAAAACGCGAAGAAAACGAUCGUGAAAGAAAACGACGGACCAAUCGAAUGCUCAUCGCCAUGGUUGCCGUAUUCGGUAUAUCCUGGCUGCCGCUCAAUUUUGUCAACAUCGUCGAUGAUUUUUACUCGUACGCCAGCGACUGGUCCUACUACAGAUUCAGCUUUUUCAUGGCGCACUGCAUCGCCAUGAGCAGCACCUGCUACAAUCCGUUCCUCUACGCCUGGCUCAACGACAACUUCCGCAAGGAAUUCAAGCAGAUCCUGCCAUGUUAUUCAAGAAACUCCAACACUAACGCUCCUAAAACCAAAAAGAGCCGCAGGGGCGAGAAGUUCUGUAAUGGUAGUAAUACCUUGCAAGAAACUCUGUUGGCCAGUAACACGAAAACGCAGAAUCCCGAGAUGCGAGAAUCCGGAUGCGAGAUGAUCAUUCUGGAGCAGACGACGAACAUCUCAAAGGAGUUGGAUCAGCCUACAUGUUCCUCAAAGGAUUUCGACGAAGCGACUCUGUAAACGAAAGAAAUUCCAGUCGUCGGGUCAUACGCGAUCGAAAGCUGACUGAUGUUUAUCCAAUAUACGUGCUUCUAAAUGG